AUAUUUUUCUCAAGCCUGUGACCUGUUUUGUAUGCAAAAAUGAAGACGACUUUCAUAGUUUUAAGUGCGCUUUGUGCUGUUUUAUUGGUCCAAUGUGAUGAUUCACCACACCACAUUGACCAACGAAUUUUAGAAAAGCGAAAUGAAACGGGCACAGUUUUACCUGACGAUGCUCAAUCAAAUUCUACUACUUUAUCUACAACAAAGGAGUUUACUUCAACUACGCAAACUCCACAAGAAGCUUCUACAGUUUCACCUAUUCAGACAUCAACAAAAUUUAACGUAACUUCCCUGUUGAGGAAAAAACUUGGGCAAGAGUUGGGUGGUCAGCAAGAUGAAUUAGUAGACGAUUCCCUCAAAGUUGUUCCAUUAAGAAGUGAACAUAAUGAUACAAUUGACGCAGAAGUUAAGGAUUUACUGGAAGACGAUUUACCAAUCAAACAGAGUAUACUUGAACAACACCAACACCCUCUUGAACCCAUAGAACCAGUACCAAUCCCGGAUAAGAUUGACAAACAAGUAGAGCUUAUAGAAGAUGGUGAAAAUACUGAAGACAUGUUGAGACGCCAUAGAAAAGAAAAUCUGAUGGAAUCUGUUGAAGGAAUCCAAAAAAUCGAAAGACUACCAAAUACUCCUAUUGCAAUCAUAUUUGUGACAAUGUUUGUAGCCUUGUCCAUAAUCUGUUACGCAGGUCUUUUGGUGUACAGAAAAUAUUUAGAGAAUAGAUAUGGAAGCAGAACACUUUUGGUAGAUGCCGAUGAAUUAGCUCAUCCAAACGAUAUGAGACAUUUCACUAUUUAGGUGGAUGAUGGUCUUGAAGAAAUUGAAGAAAAGCAUACAGCUAUUGUCAGGCCAAAGAGUUACCAUACUUCUAGGAAACCCUGCCAUGCUAGAUUAUAUUUCAAUUGAGAUUAUAGGUAAAUGUAAAUAGCUAAUUAAAAUUUAUUAUCACUAUUAUUAUAAGUGAAUAAAGAGCUCAGAGAAUUAUUUUGUGCUCAUUUCUCAUAAAGAAAAAUACAUACUAUUUUAUGCAUCUACCCAGGAUAAGUACCU